GAAAAUCGGGAAAAGUGGCGUGCGAUCUCCGAACAAACCGAUAGCGAACUAGAGCGGCAGCCUCGCGAGUCUGCUUUGUUUCAUCAAAAACAUCAGGCGGAUUUGAGUUAUUGUUCAAAAUCCUGCAAUUAAAGUUUCAUAGCCCAGAUGUACUUUCUCAGAGAAAGAAAUCUAAAGCUAGAAGCUUGUAGCUUAAGAGUAUUUGUUCUGCUCAUCUUUCCAACAUGCAAAGCAUUAGGAAUUCCAUCUUGUGGCAUGUGAGGGUAGGGAGUUCAGCCGACAAAUGUUUGCCCACCGAGAGAGGACAUUUGAUCAAAUCUCUGAGCCGCCACAUGUGUGCAGCAGCAGGUGCCGGCGCUGAUCAAAUAAAGGACCGAGUUAUUAAAUUGGUGAAGAAAUUUGACAAAAUUGAUGCAUCUAAGGUUACUGAAACAGCUGAUUUCCAAAAGGACUUAAGCCUGGAUAGUUUAGACAGGGUGGAGCUCGUAAUGGCGUUUGAGGAAGAAUUCUCCAUUGAAAUCCCUGAAGAGAAAGCCGAUAAGUUGACCUGCUGUGCUGAUGUUGCAAGAUACAUUACUUCUGGAGCUGAGCAGAAGUGUGUUUAGUCCUGCCUAAUUCCCAUUUAGGACAUGAUUUCUGUAUUCAAAAUGUCUUUUGGGAUUUUCACAUGACAUUAAUUAGCCUUAUUUUAAAGCUAUAAAAAUGUAGGUAAAACCUUGAGACUGAUUAAGAUCACACCUCUCAAUUCGCAUAUCUUAUAUCAUAUGAUAUUCAUCUCC